AUGGCGUCAAUACCCGCCGACGCCGCGGGUGCCAAGCCUGGCAGUUCGAGCAGCGCUUCCGCUCGAGCCUCGGCCACGGCAGCCCCAGCUGGGUCACGUCGUGGUCGUGAUGCCACCCCGUCGUUCGGCGUCAUGUGGUCCGUCAUGCGAUCGAUCGGCGACAUGUCGCUGCCGUUCUUCUUCUCCAGCGUCACCGUCUCUUCAACCUCCCACGUUCCUCCCUCCACCACACCUCUCAUCCUCUGUUCCAACCACAGCAACACCAUCCUCGACGUAGCCAUCCUCGCUUCGCACUUUCCCGAACGACGACCGCUCCACUUUUGGGCCAAAUCGGGAUUCUUCCACAACCCCAUCCUUCGCUGGAUCCUCACUUCCUCCGGCAACAUCAAGGUCGAUCGCAAGAACAAGAACAACCAGUCGCUGUUUCAGGGUACGUUUCAGGCUAUGAAGGCAGGUGGUGCCAUCGCGCUGUUUCCCGAGGGAGGGAGUUAUACCAUUCCGAAGCUGGCGAAGCUGAAGAUGGGGGCGGCGUGGGCGGCGUUAGAGUACUCGAGGCAUUUGCAGACGGAGCAAGGGGAUGGGGUGAGGACGCAAGUCAAGAUUUUGCCGGCAGCCGUGGUGUUCGACGACAAGAGCGUGUUCAGGAGUAGAGCGGGUUUGAGGUUCGGAGAACCGUUGAGUUUGGAUAGGUACAUAGAGGAGUUCCUGUCUUCGCCGAUGGGAGCCGGAACGAGCGAAGAAAAGAUCAAGAGUGCGGUGGGAAAGGAGGAUGGAACGGUUCCGGCUACACCGGAAAGCAUGACGAGAACGAACACGUCGGAAGGAGAACAGUUUGCAAGUCCAGCACAUCGUGCAGUCGCACGGUUGACGGAAGACCUGCAAAGGGCGAUGGAGACGUUGACGUUCAACGCUCCGGAUUGGGAGACUUUCCAAGCUGUAAGGUUGGCUAGGGAGACGAUUUUCGAGUUGCAGGGGGGAGAGGUGGUGAAGGAGGACAUGGAGGAGUACGUUGAGCUUUCGAGGGCAAUUAUGAUGCUCCUUACGCUGGACCAAACGGACCAACCAUCAGAGAUGAGAGCGACAUCGAAGGAAGCAAGACGCUCGCUCUUCGUCUACAGCUCGCUGCUCCACCUCUCCGACGUCGACAACCUCACUCUCGCACGCACCCUCGCAAACCGCCACUUGUCCAUCCCACUCAAAUCCUUCCUCCUCCGUCUGCCCAUCUACAUCCCGAUCUUCACCCCAACCCUGAUCCCCACGUAUCUGCUCCCCAAUGCCCUCGCCCACCACUACGCCGGCAGGGAGGAGGAAUCGCUCUCUUCCGUCAAGACCCUGUUCAGCUUCCUGUUCACUUCGAUGCUCUACUCUACGCUGCUGUUCAAGACCAUGACGUGGGCACGGUGGUCGCCGCCAGGGUUGUUGGUGGGGAUGGCAGGUGUGUGGUGGUUGCACGAUCUGAACCGCGGGUGCGUGGACGGUGCGUACUCGUUGGUGAAGCAGAUCAGGUUCGGGUGGAGACUGCGCGGUGUCAAACUCGAUGCGUCGAAGAGAGUGGAAGGCGUGCAGAGGAAAGGGAAGAGCUUGUUCUUCUACGGAACGCUUGUGCAUCCGAAGAUCUUGGCGAGGGUGAUUGGGAACGACGGGGAUCAUCUGACGGUUCAAAACGCGGUGUUGGAUGGGGCGAAGCUGUUCCGCGUCAAGGAGGCGGAGUAUCCGGGGCUGGUGAGGGAAGAUUCCAGCUCGACGAACAUCAAUGCUGUCAAGGGAACCCUCGUCAGCGGUCUCACCGAUUCCGACGUAGGCUACCUCGACACCUUCGAGGGCGACGAGUACAUCCGAUCCUCCGUACGUGUCAUCCCCGACCCACUCGCACCGGCGGAACGCAACUCGACCCGAAUCGCCAACGCCGGCAACGCCCCUCUCCACGCGAUCCUCUCUUCCCUCACAAAACCGCGCAUCGCGUCCCUCUGCGCUUCCACGUCACCCAAGAUCGAAGCACAGGUUUACACCUGGGUCGCAGGCAGCGACAAGCUGGAAGACAGAGUGUGGGAGUUCGACGAGUUCGCCAAGAACCACGCGGCGAACUGGGUGGGCGAGGGACAGGUGGAACACGAACACGAGUACCAGGUGGUCGAUCGGGUACGGUCCAGAAUGGACUCUCCUGAAUCCAAGCCACUCCUCACAACGGGAGGAGAUGCACGGAAGGAUGAGGAGGAUGCAGAGCGAUGGAUGGAAGAAUACGCAUCGACGCUGGUCGAGGGCGAAGGAAGGGUGAAGGAUGCACUGGUGCAAGUGUGCAGCGUGUUGAGGGAGAAACCGAGCAUCCAGUACUAUGUGGACAAGGGGCUGGGGAAGAACAGGCCGAAGAAGGGGGACAGGGAGAUGCUGACUGCACUGUUGAGGGCGAGAAUCAGUGCCAAAGCAAAGUUGGAGGAAUUGAUGGUGAUGGUGGAGAGGACGGAGGUGGAGGAGGUGAGAUCGGCGGUGGAGUCGUUGGUGGAAGCAAAGAAGAGAGCAUUGCGAAGGAUAGGUGUCAUGGAGAUGAGCGGCGACGCCGCUUGGCCCUUCAGCCAGAUUGUGGUUGGAGCAGCAGAGAUCGAGUCCAAGAAGACAGUUUAA